UACGCCGGGCAGGCCCCAGCAAGUCGCACAAUCUUUACAGUUUAACACCGGCAUGAAUUUCAACAAAGUUUUGCUGCUAAACUUUCUUAUAAUAUUAGCUCUGAUAUCCUGUGAGUGUAAGAGAGAUUUGAAAGCUCGUGGAAAAUCAAGAAGCAUACUUCGAAUAAAUACUCGAAAAGCGAUAGUCAACUGCUGCGGUUAUAGUUCUUGCUUGGGUGGCAGCUCUAAAAGCAAUGUAACUACGCAUAAAACACGCACGGUAUCAAGGACCAAUGAAAAAGCUACUUCUGGCAAAACUAUUGCUGUAACUGACCAGAUUUCAAACUCUGAGACUGCAGCAGAAGCGAGUGAGGUAAGUAACGAUGAAAUUUCUGCACCAGAGGAACCUUCAACUGUGCAAGGCGAACCAACGGAAAGUUCAUCUCAAGCCGACAAUGGGUUUGAAACUCCAAGUUCUACCAUCGGAAAUCAGGGAGUAAGCGAAGUUCCAACAACUAAACCUAAUGAAUCGCCAACAACCGAAUCAACAAUCAAGGCUAGCGUAUCAGCCACUUCAUCUGACACUACAAAAACUUCAACAACUAUCUCGUCAAAUACUUUGAUGAGCACUUCUGAAACUCCAAUAAACAAUUUAAAAACUUCAGUUAGCACUUCAGCAGCUCCAAUUAGCGCCUCAUCAACUCUAACUUCAAAAACUAGCGCGUCAACAGCUGUCACUAGUACUGAAGCAACUUUGAUUACCACUUCCAAAACUUCAACUGGUGCGUCAACAACUUCACCUGGUCCGUCAACAACUUCAACAAGCGCAUCAACAAGUUCAAGUAGCACAUCCACAACCUUUACAUCUACCACCAGUACCACCACUACAACAGUCCAACCUGAGGUUCCAUACAAUUGCUCACACACCCUAUCUACUUGUCAGAAAAAUAGUUCUCUUUUGAUGCCCGACAGCAGCGUUGCGGAUGCUCAGUCUUAUGGUUAUUGGAACGAGGCCUGUGGAGUUUUAUUCUUGUUUGGAAAGAGUGUUGUUGAUUGGGAGACAAACUUCAAGCGGUGUUGCAGUCUGGGAAUGGCUCCAAUUGCAAUUGAAAACGCAACAAAAUAUGCCUGCAUGAAUAAAUUAAUUCCCAAGUGGGAUUACAGUUUAAACUAUUGGACCUCAGCCAGACAUAACUUGCCAAUUGCAACAUAUGAAUUCUGCUCCCCCCAGCCAAUUUCGAUUGCAACCAAAUCGGCCAAGGGCCAACCGUCAAUGUGGGCAACUGGGGAGCCCAAUAAUCCCAACCAGACUCAAGACUGCGUCCACAUGGUCAUCGAUCAAACCCUCAAUUUAAUGCAAUUGACGGCGAAAAACUGCAAAAAUUCGUUUGUUUUUGCUUGCCAGGGAACGCCGACCACAGCGCCUCCGUGUUUCGCGCCCAAGUGUCCAUCAUAUAAUUGCAAGAAAGACCUUACGCUCUUCACACAACUCGCUGACGGAAAAACGAGCUAUUUGACAAAGCCUGCUGAUCAUGGUAUUUGGUUUACUGUCAACGAAAGAAGCUAUGUUUUUAGCACGGCAUCUAAAAACUGGUCGGACGCAAACUCUGAAUGUUGUAGAAUUGGAAUGAAGCUCUUGAGCAUUGACAAUGACUAUGAGUACAAUAAUCUGCAGGCGGCUUUGAGAUCAAGUAACGCGAUCCCUGCUGGUAAUUAUUGGACUUCAGCCUCGGACGAGGGUUGCGAAAAAGCUUUUGGCUGGUGCGCGGUCAACAAACUUGUUCGAAACGCGAUUUGGGCCUCGGGUCAACCAGAAAAUGCGGGAGGAAAAGAAAAUUGCCUUGUUGUUGGCGUGGACACAAAUAAGGCAGAGCUCCAAGAUGAGGAUUGUUUGAAAACUUUUAAAUACAUUUGCGAAGCUAGAGACACCACAAAUUCAACAACGGCAGGAAACGCCAUCAAAAAUGAAUGUGCCGCUGCAUUUAAUCUGUCAGAAUCUGAAGUGGACAACAUUUUCAACUCUACUAAUUUUGACACAAAAAUUAAGUGUUUUCUGAAGUGCGUUGGCGAAAAUGGAGGACUUAUUCUCAACGGAAGACUCAUAGACGAGGGACUAAUAAAAAUUGCUGAACAAAUGUCAAGUAGCAACGCGGAGGAACUGCAGAAAAAUUUAGUAGCGGUCGACAACUGCGCACACAUUAAGGGAAUGGACGAAUGUGACACGGCGGCACAGGCUUAUCAGUGUGGACAACAACAAGCACCAGACUUGGUCGCAAAUGCCAUUGCCACCGUCGAAAGAAACAUCUCGGCGGAAGAGGUGCCUUUGCCACCAGAAGUGGCUAAAUGUCCUACAGGAUUCGAAUGCGUUAUUGAUCCCGUUUAUCGUCAGAACUACGAGCAAAACAUUUCAAUGGCAUCAAGCGCUAUUUACUUCAAGAGAAACGUUUGCGGAGGAAAAAAUUUCAUCUUGUUCGGAACUAAGAGCGCUCAUUCCGGAGGAUCAUUGUGUUGCAAAUUUGGAAUGCGCAUGGUCUCGCUGGAGUCGCAAAGCAAACUCGAUUGCGUUGCGAAUUUAAAUUUCAGUGUUCGCCCCUUCAAACUGUGGACUUCGGGCUCCUCUUUAGGAAAACCCACAGCGCCCGUUUGGUGCGGCACCAACGAAAGGUUGAAUAUCAGCGACUUUUUGUGGAAUUCGGAUACGGCAAGUUCGUACUCAACUGUUGCGGCUAAUUAUCUGGUGGCCCUUUACGUGAAUACGUUGGGUUCGAAUUCGUAUUUGGUGAACGCACUGAGCACGGCGACGGACGCCUACCCAUUUUGUGAAGAUUAA